UCCCCAACAUUCUUAUACGUCUUCCGACACCCAGUUGAUUGUCUUUUUCAAGCGCGCUCGAGUGCAAAUUACCAUCCUCGCUACCUUCCAACCCAAUUUCAAUCUUCCAUGACGCGAGGACUUGAGGCUUUCGUCUGAGAGGCGCGUUCCUCCGAGUGGAGUGCUUGUGGCAGAUUUAAAUGGAUGGCGAUUGCCCGGUUCUUCCUCAAGAUAUCAUCACCAACAUCCUCAUAAGGCUUCCGGUAAAAUUCCUAAUCCGAUUUCAAUGUGUGUGCAAGCAUUGGAAAAAUCUCCUCAAAACCCCAUCUUUCAUCGCAGAACACCUCCACUACUCCUCUCAUCAAAACCCUUGUCUUCUUUUAGGAGAUUAUGACAAAUCUGAUUCUUUUCGUAUAUGUUUGCUCGAUCGUGAGAUGCAAGUCCUUGAACUUCGGAACGAUGCUUUUGUCGAUCCUAUACGGCGUCCUUCGAUAUUGGGUUCCUGCAAUGGCUUGAUCUGUCUUAGACUCUCUACUUAUCCUAUAUCUCUUUGCAUUUUGGUAUGGAAUCCAGCAAUUAGAGAGGCACGGGUGACUGGAGCUCUUAGUUACUCAGAGAAUAACGAUUACGGUGUAGGAUUUGGGUUCAGUCCAACUGCUAAUGAUUACAAGAUAGUGAACAUUCGUGUUUGUUUAAUUGGUGAAGUGGAAGUGCUUACAUUAAGCACAGGGGUCAUGGAGGGAAGUUGAAUUUGGGGGCUUAGAUCGUGUAGCUGUGCUUUCUAACGGUUACAAUACUGAUGGAGCCAUCUUCUGGGAUGCGGUAAAGCUUGGUGUCGACGAGGAGGGUGAAGAUGAUGUUGAAGUGAUAGUCUCAUUUGACAUAGCCACGGAAGUAUUUACAUUGAUACCAAUACCUUCUGCAUCCUCUGCAAUUAGUAUUGCUUAUGAGAACAAACUUGCUAUGCUUUCUCAUGAUACAAGAAGAGACUCCCAAUCAUCUUCGAUUCAUUUGUGGGUGAGGGACGAGGAGGGUACAUGUGCAUCUGGAGAGGGAUGUAGUUGGGUUAAGAAAUGUACUAGCAACCCUUAUUUAGGUAGCUUGUUAGGUCCAGUGACUGUUUGGAGGAAUGAAAUUGUCUGCAAUCUUUAUCCAUCGUGCAGGCCAGUGGAGAAUGAUGAACGAAAAAUUGUCUUGUUCAAUCUCACAACUAAUGAAUUUAAGACCUUUUAUAUCCGCAAACCUACCAUUAGUUAUAAUAUUUUAAAUUAUACCGAAAGCCUUGUGCCAGUUGUUAACAUCCACAUUGAAUAGCCUUGGUACGAAAUCUUCAUUAUUAUUUGGCAUUUUUUUUCUUUGUUUAAGCACUUUGGUGAUAAUGAACCUAUGAGAGUUUAGUUCAUUCUGUAACUAUAAGACUUGAUGUCCUUUCGUUGGUUUUAUCAAGAAUGAUGGAUGGUGAAUGUAUAUAUGAGAUAACAGAUAUUUAUAGGUUUAUUUGCAUUAUCAAUA